AAGGGAUGGAGAUUGUAUCUCAGUGGUAAAGCCCCCCUCGGUUAACUGUCUAGUACUCCCAUCCCCCCAAAAAAUAAAUUGCUUCCCUUAAGUCUAAGGAGCUUAUGUGGCGGGCUUACUCUUUCCUUUGAAUACUCCUGCAUCCCAAUAUGACCUGAUUCUGGUUGAAAUUACCAACCGGUUCCUUCCUGCUGGCCAGAACGAAAACAAAAGUGACCACUUUUCUUUCCUUUUCUGUAGUAAAUCCUCUUGUUUCAGAAAUUGGUUUGCUCUGGAAAACCUGGAGCACUGUUACCGUCUGGCUGGCAGAGUUGGGCCUGAGCAUCUGAUCUCCCCAGAGUGAAGGAGGCCCCGGGAACCCUGCUCUCCUCCGAUCCCACGGGCGGGGGCUGAGACUCCAGCUCUGCCGACCUCCAGGCUGCCUUUCCCAGAGCCUCGCCCGCUCAGGCCUCCCGGGGCCCCCGAGCUGCCACUCUGUACUGGACACUGACCUUGACGCAUGCGACUUCUUGCCUGUGCAUUAAAUACUCCACAUUCAUCUACAAAGAAGAAAACUCACCUUCACUGUGGUUGUUUGUGGUGCUGGGGAUCGAACCCGGCCUCGCACACUCGAGGCCGGCGCUCUGCCUGCUGAGUGGCAUCCCCAGCCCCUCACACCUGUACUUUUAUCUAAUUUUUCAAAAAAGGAAAGAUAUAAGACAGGAAAAAGGGGGAAGGGACGGAUGCAGGACGACAGGAGAGGGUCUGGCCAGGGGAACCGUCUCCCAGGCUCGCGAGGGGCUGUCCCGGCGUGGAAGUGACGGCCUUGCUGCGAUGGCAGGCGUGUGUUUGGGCAACGGCUGUUUGGGGUUGGAGGGCCUCAAGGUCUGUGAGGGCUUUCCUGCUGCACUCAAGGGGGUCCUUUUGAGAUGCCACUCACCCACUCUGCCACUGUCACCACCCAGCCAUCUAGAUAAGCAAGGCCAGGUCGGAACAAAGCCGGUGAAGAGCAAUGGGCCAGGUGCGGGUCGCAUGCCUGAGGCAGGAGGAUCCCAAGUCUGAAGCAGCAACUUAGCAAGGCCCUAAGCAACCUAGGGAGUCCCUGGGAUGGGGCUCAGUGGGCAAGCACCCCUGGGUCCAGUCCCCAACACCAAAAAAAAAAAAAGAGAAUGAGAAAUAGGAAAGUGAGCCACGAAUGUGUCAGACUCCACCAUCCCCAACUUUUCUUCCUAGAAGGCCUAUUUGAGGACCGUCUCCUGUCACCAGGAAGUCCUGAGCACUUGUCCUGAGCAUGGGCACCGGGCGAGAAGAACUGCAGGACCGGACCAUCGUCAGGAUCGCGGCUCACCUCCCCGACCUCAUCGUCUACGGACACUACUCUCAGGAGCGACCCUCUGUGGACUACUUCGAUGGAGUCCUGAUGUUCGUGGACAUUUCAGGUUUCACUGCGAUGACAGAGAAGUUCAGCACAGCCAUGUACAUGGACCGCGGGGCCGAGCAGUUGGUGGAGAUCCUCAACUACUACAUUAGCGCCAUCGUGGAGAAAGUGCUGAUGUUCGGGGGAGACAUCCUGAAGUUUGCAGGUGACGCGCUGCUGGCCCUGUGGAAGGUGGAGCGGAAGCAGCUGAAGAACAUCAUCACCGUGGUGAUCAAGUGCAGCCUGGAGAUCCACGGGCUGUUCGAGGCCCAGGAGGUUGAAGAAGGGCUGGACGUCCGCGUGAAGAUAGGGCUGGCUGCUGGCCACAUCUCCAUGCUGGUCUUUGGAGAUGACACACGCAACUACUUCCUGGUGAUUGGACAGGCGGUGGAUGAUGUGCGCCUUGCACAGAACAUGGCCCGAAUGAACGAUGUCAUUCUGUCACCCAACUGCUGGCAGCUCUGCGAUCGGAACAUGAUUGAAAUUGAGAGGAUUCCGGAUCAGAGAGCAGUUAAGGUUAACUUCUUAAAACCACCCCCUUCUUUUAACUUUGAGGAAUUUUUCACGAAGUGUAUGACCUUCAUGGAUUAUUAUCCUGGUGAACACAAAAACUUCCUGAGGCUUGCCUGCAUCCUGGAUUCUGAUCCUAAACUGGAGAUGUCCCUACAAAAGUAUGUGAUGGAAAACAUUUUGAAGCAGAUCGACGACAAACAACUUGGGGGUUAUUUGUCUGAGCUUCGCCCGGUGACGAUUGUGUUCGUGAACCUGAUGUUUAAAGAGCAAGACAAAGCAGAGGUCAUAGGCACGGCCAUCCAGGAUGCCUGCGCACACAUCACUUCUGUCCUGAAGGUCUUCCGAGGCCAGAUCAAUAAAGUCUUCAUGUUCGACAAGGGCUGCUCCUUCCUCUGCGUCUUUGGCUUCCCGGGGGAGAAGGCCCCUGACGAGUUCUCCCACGCCUUGGAGAGUGCUGUGGAUAUCUUCGACUUCUGCUCUCAGGUCCACAAGAUCCACACCGUGUCCAUCGGCGUUGCCAGUGGGAUCGUCUUCUGUGGCAUCGUGGGGCACACCGUGAGGCACGAGUACACGGUCAUUGGUCAAAAAGUCAACAUAGCCGCCAGGAUGAUGAUGUACUACCCAGGAAUCGUGACCUGUGACUCUGUCACCUACAACGGCAGCAACCUACCAGCCUACUUUUUUAAAGAGCUUCCAAAGAAAGAGAUGAAAGGUGUUGGCGAUUCUGGGCCAGUCUAUCAGUGCUUGGGCCUGAAUGAGAAAGUCAUGUUUGGGAUGGCAUACCUCAUCUGCAACAGAAAUGAGGGCUACCCUUUGCUGGGGCGUGAUAAAGAGAUCAGAUACUUUAUGCGUACCAUGAAGGAAUUCUUGAUGUCUAACUGCAGCCGAAUCCUAAUGUACGAAGGAUUAUUUGGAUAUGGAAAAAGCCAGAUACUUAUGGAAAUUGAGUACCUGGCUCAAGGUGAGAACCACAGAACCAUUGCUAUCGCGUUGACUAAGAUCAGCUUCCAUCAGAACUUUUACACCGUCCAGAUACUCAUGGCCAACGUGCUGGGUCUGGACACUUGCAGACACUACAAGGAGCGGCAGAGCAACCUUCAAAGCAGAGUCAGGAGGCUGCUGGACGAGAAGUUCCACUGUCUCCUCAACGACAUCUUCCACGUCCAGUUCCCUAUUUCUCGGGAGAUUUCCAGGAUGAGCACUUUGAGAAAGCAGAAGCAGUUGGAAGCACUGUUCAUGAAGAUCUUGGAACAGACAGUGAAGGAGGAAAGAAUCAUUUUCAUCAUCGAUGAGGCCCAGUUUGUGGACGUGGCCUCCUGGACCUUCAUGGAGAAGCUCAUCCGGACGGUCCCCAUCUUUAUCAUCAUGUCCCUGUCGCCCUUCGUGGGCCUUCCCUGUGCGGCAGCCAGUGCCAUCAUGAAGAACAGGAACACCACCUACAUCACCCUGGGGCCCAUGCAGCCCAGCGACAUCCGCAACAAGGUCUGCCUUGACCUCAACGUGCGCAGCAUCCCCAAAGAGCUGGAGACGUACCUGGUGGAGGGCAGCUGCAGGAUCCCCUACUACUGCGAGGAGCUGCUGAGGAACCUGGACCGCCACCAGGUGCUCGUUUUCCAGCAAAUGGAGCCUGAGGACAAGACCAAGGUGACCUGGAACAACCUGUUCAAGAAUUUCGUUAAGCCAACAGAGGAAUUAAAAGGGUUUUCUCUUAGAAAUGAGGAGGGAAGUGAAGAAGUCUGUAACCUGGUCAGUGGUGUCAGGCUGAAAAACCUGUCGCCCCCCGCGUCACUGAAAGAAAUCUCUCUGGUCCAGCUGGACAGCAUGAGCCUCUCCCACCAGAUGUUGGUGAGGUGCGCGGCCAUCAUUGGCCUGACCUUCACCACGGAGCUGCUGUUUGAGGUUCUCCCUUGCUGGAACAUGAAGAUGAUGAUCAAGGCCCUGGCCACCCUCGUGGAGCUGAAUGUUUUUUACUGCUUCCGGAAUGGCAAGGAUCUUCGACUGGCCCUGAAGAAAAAUGCCACCUCCUUUGAGGUUCACCAUCGCUCCUCGUCUCUGAGACCCAGCGAGGAGAUGGCUCACAGCGAGGAGGAGGAGCUCCGGGAACUGGAGGGCGAGGUGAUCGAGUGCCACAUCAUUCGGUUCUCCCGGCCUAUAAUGCAGAAGACAGCUUACGAGCUCUGGCUCAAGGACCAGAAGAAGGCCAUGCAUUUGAAGUGUGCCCGCUUUUUAGAGGAGAAUGCCCACAGGUGCGACCACUGCAGAAGUGGGGACUUCAUCCCGUAUCACCACUUCAUGGUGGACAUCCGCCUCAACACCUUGGACAUGGACACCAUUAAGAAGAUGACUAAGCCUCGGGCAAUCCAAGCUAAAGAAGAGAUCAGCUUAGCUAAAUCAGAGGUUCCUAAGAGAUCUGAGUUUCUUCCUGAAAAUCUCAGUCCUGAAGAAAUAAAAGAUACGAUCUUGGGGUUCUUUGACCUCAUUAUAACCAGGCUGAGGGCAGUCGAGGAAGACAUCACCCCCCUGGAGUCCUGCCAGUGUGAGGAGGUCCUGGAGAUCGUCAUCCUGCCUCUGGCCCAGCAUUUUGUGGCUCUGGGAGAAAACAACAAAGCCUUGUAUUACUUCCUGGAAACUGCUGCCGCUUACCUCAUCCUGGGCGAUAACUACCUGGCAUACGUGUACUUGAACGAGGGAGAGAAGCUGCUGAAAAUUCUCAGGCAGAAAAAGUCCUGGAGAAGGACUUUUGAGUCUGCCACAUUUUACAGUCUCAAAGGCCAGGUCUGUUUUAACAUGGGCCAGAUGGUGCUUGCCAAGAAGAUGCUGAGGAAGGCGCUGAAGCUCUUCAACCGCGAGUUCCCCUACAACAUGAUCUCCCUGUUCCUCCAAACCCACGUGGAGAAGAACAGACACUUCCACUACCUGAACCAGCAAGGCUCGGAGAGCUCCCCUCCAGGGAAGAAGAGGCUGGCCCAGCUGUACCGGCAGACCGCCUGCUUCUCCCUGCUGUGGCGGAUCUACAGCUCCAGCUACUUUUUCCACUACAAGUUCUACGGCCACCUGGCGGCGGUGAUGCAGGUGAACUCCGCGCUGGAGACGCAGAACGACCUCCAGAUCAUUAAUGCUUACCUGGACUAUUCACUCUACCACCAGCUGGCUGGCUGCCAGGGCAUGUGGUUCAAGUAUGAGUUGAUGGCCAUGGAGCAGAUCGUGAACCUCCCGCUGAAGGGCGAGGGCAUUGAGAUCGUGGCCCUUGUGGCUGGUCGACUGGCCCACAUCAAAUACAUAAUGGGCCACCUGGACCUGGCCAUCGAGUUAGGCUCUCGAGCCCAUAAGUUGUGGUCACUGCUUCGGAAUCCCAACAAACACUAUCUGGUCCUCUGCAGACUUUGUAAAUCGCUCUUCCUGAAAAGCAGAUACAAGCAGCUGAUCCAGGUGCUGGGGUGGCUGUGGGACCUUUCUGUGGCGGAAGAGCACAUCUUCAGCAAGGCAUUUUUCUAUUUUGUCUGCUUGGACAUCAUGCUCUAUUCUGGCUUUAUCUAUAGAACGUUUGAAGAAUGUGUGGAGUUCAUAUGCCAAAAUGAAGACGACAGACUUCUCAAGUUCCAGAGUGGAAUCCUCCUGGGACUUUACUCCUGUGUUGCUAUCUGGUACGCCAGGCUUCAGGAUUGGGAUGAAUUCCACACGUUUUCCAGCAGAGCCAAACCCCUGGUGUCAAGGAGAACCCCCACAGUUCUUUACUAUGAAGGAAUUGCCAGGUACCUGGAGGGGCAAGUUCUCUAUCUGCAGAACCAAAUUGAACAACAGCUGGAGAAUGCCCAGGACCGUGGGGUGGAGCUGCUCAAGAACCUGGAGAGUCUUGUGGCUCAGAACACUACUGGCCCAGUCUUCUACCCGCGACUCUACCACCUGAUGGCCUACGUCUGCAUUCUGAUGGGAGAUGGGCAGAACUGCGACCUGUUCCUGAACACAGCCUUGAGGCUCUCGGAAACACAGGGGAACAUGCUGGAGAAAUGCUGGCUGAACAUGAGCAAGGAGUGGUGGUACUCCACCUUGGAGAGCUUGGAGGACCAGUGGCUUCAAACGGUGCUGAGCCUCCCCCCCUGGGAGAAGAUCCUAUCGGGCAAGGUAAACAUCCAUGAUGUUCAAAAGAACAAAUUCCUGAUGAGAGUCAAUAUCCUGGACAACCCUUUCUGACACUCCAGGAGGAGGCAGGCGGUGGCAAGAACCGCCCCCGACACCUCGCCCGCCCGUCUUCCUCUGCAGCCCGCCUCCUGCACGCUCCCGCUCCCAUGUUGGUUUCUUCUUUCCAGAGGGUCGAGAGGGGCUGCAGGGUCCUGCUCACUCUCCUAACUCCACCCACCCACGCACCUCCACCUCCCCUGAGCUUUGCAGCCUGUGUUUUCCAGCCCGGGCUGGUUGUAUCAUAUGGGAAAACGUCAGCACCAAAGCGGGUAGCAUCCCGAGUUGUGACAGACAUGUUUUUAAUUAAUGUAUUAAACUCAAAAUGUU